AACAAAAUACGAGCCGAUUUACUCGCGACCAGAUCGACUGGGCAGAAGAAAGGAAUUAGGAAUAGAAUCCGCACGCGUGAGGAGAAAGUUAUUACAUUACCUGCCGGUGUACACAUCUAGUCGGCCGUUUAUUCCGAUCCGGGAGCACUUGCUGUCAACUUGGUCCGCCCGUCUGCCUGCCUGUCAUUGCCUGUCAUCGAGAUCCACGCGAGGAUUCCCUUUGUCGAUUAUUUUUUCGAUCGUCAAAUAAGGUCUGACGUCGAAGAAGAAAAAUGGUGGAAGUGCUCUUGGAUCGUAUCGACGGAGACGUCAUUCCGAAUCAGGAGGUGACUGUCGCCGAGGACAAUUGCAUACCGGAAUGCACGACGAAAGAAAACAAUUUGUCGGUUACCGAGAAUUUGACGCCGAUUCAGGAGUUCUAUCACGGCCAGAGCGUCUUCCUCACCGGCGGCACCGGCUUCAUGGGCAAGCUGCUGAUCGAGAAGCUACUCAGAAUGUGUCCCGGAAUAGGUUCUAUCUAUUUGCUCAUGCGUGCGAAGAAAGGCAAGGACGUGCACCAGCGCACCGAGGAGAUCUUCGACGAUGUGCUAUUUGAAAAGCUCAAGAAGAAGCAUCCGAAAUUUCGGCAUCAAAUCGUUGCCGUCGCGGGAGACUGCAGUCAACCGUAUCUCGGCAUGUCCCCGCAGGAUCGGGCCACCAUCAUCCGCGAAGUCACGAUUGUAUUUCACGUGGCGGCCACUGUCAGAUUCGACGAGAAGUUGAAAUUGGCGGUCCCGAUUAACGUCCGAAGCACAAAAGACGUUUUUGACUUGUGCCGAGAAAUUCCAAAUCUGAAGUCUUUUGUGCACGUAUCGACCGCAUAUGCAAAUUGCCCGCAAAGUGUGAUUGAGGAAAAGUUUUACGAUCCGCCAAUGGAUUACGACAAACUGAUCGCGCUGAUGGAAUGCGUGGAUGACAAGUUGGCAGAAGACAUUACCUCAAAUUUGUUAGGAAAAUGGCCAAACACUUACGCCUACACAAAGGCAGUCGCUGAGAACGUGAUACGUAAAGAAGCUGGCGACAUGCCGGUCGGCAUUUUCCGUCCGGCCAUUGUAAUCUCAACGUAUCGGGAACCUAUAAAAGGUUGGAUCGACAAUCUGUACGGUCCAACGGGAGUUGCUGCGGGUGCCGGUACAGGAUUGCUGCGAUCAAUCCAUUGCGACGGCUCAACACAAGCAAAUGUGGUACCUGCCGAUUUAACGGUCAACGCUCUAAUUGCGUGCGCGUGGGACGUGGCAAACUUCCGAAGAUUAAACAACAAUGCCACAUGCGAUGAAGUUCCGAUUUACAACUACGUGUCCAAAGACAAUCCGAUUACUUACGACGAGCUUAAGGACAAGUCCUCGGCACAUGGCCUCCGAAUUCCGCCCUUAAAAGCGGUAUGGUAUUACAGCUUCAGAAACACCAAGCACAAAGUAGUUCAUCUCUUCUUCGUGUACUUCUUCCACCUGUUACCGGCUUUGUUGAUCGACACCGCGACCGUCUGCGUCGGAAGACAACCGAGAUUGCUUAAGGUGUACAAGAAGGUGCACAAAUUCAUGAACGUGCUGUCUUACUUCUCCACGCAAGAGUGGAAGUUCACCAACGAGCGAAUGAACGCGAUAAUAGACAAAAUGACGCCGCAGGAUCGCGAGAAGUUCAAUUGCGAUAUAAAAUCCGUCGAUUGGGAUCCUUAUUUCGAGGGAUAUAUUCGCGGAAUAAGAGUAUUUCUGAUCAAAGAUCCGUUGGACACGCUGCCGCAAGCACGCGCGAAAUGGCAAAAAUUGUACUGGUGUCAUCAGGUAGUAAAACUCAUACUGGCCUACGGAUUCCUGAGGUUUUCCUGGAUGGUCCUGUUGUUGUUCUUCAACGAUUUUAACUUCAUGAGAGAAAUGAUGGGAUUUCUGUGACAAAAAUGCUCGCUAAAAUUUCGUCUCGAAAGUGCAAUAAUACGGGGAAAUAAAAAAAACGAGGAGAUGUUUUAACGUUUUAUUGUUAAUAAAAAGAGAAAGAAACGCGAACUCUUGGAUUCCGUGAAGAUGCUUUGAAGUACUUUGAAGAGUUUCUCUCAUAAUGUUGUUAUUGAGAAAACGAAAUUCCAUAAAGGACGGCAGAAUCCAACCAAACGGAAUUGCUUUGUGUACAAAAAAAAAAAAAAAAAAAGAAACGGAAUAUAUUACG